GCAGAGGUAAGAGACGAAUUCUCGGGUUUACAGCUCAUCUCUGAUUCAUCUACAGUAAAUUUCAAUGAUACUAACUUAAUUUCAGAUAUUUCUAUAUCUCCAGAGCAAAAUCAUGUAAACGAAAAAGAAAAAUAUCAAGAAAUUUCCGUCACGAGCUUACGUGACGAUCGACAAAACGAAAAAUAUCAAGAAAUUUCCGUCACGAGCUUACGUGACGAUCGGCAAAAUGAAACUAAGGAACCUGAUGAAAUUGAACCCAUUAAAAGUCAGUAUAUAGAACAAGGAUUAAUAAAAGAAUUGCUUAGUAGCAACCCUAUUAUAUCGUCAGUUAUAAUUCCAGAAUAUCGAACAUUUCAAAUUACAACACAAAGCUUAGUCGGUUUAUUUCAUUAUGCGUUAUGUUCUAGACAUGAAGAAAUCUUAGCAUGGUAUAAUUACUCUGAUAAUUUUGAAAAUCGAGUUAUCGAAAUUUGCCGUGAAUUAAGAGUUACAGAUAAAAUUGCUAAAACUCAAUUAUACAAGGAAAUGUUAGAGCACCUACCUGGUAUUACAUCAGGAAACUUGCGUAUGAAAACUUUAAGAGCUAAAAAAAUUCGUAUGCUAUUUGGGGAGAACGGAGUUGGAAUAGAUAAAAUCAAACAAGUUACCUACAGUAUAUAUGCUAUCUCUACUCUUACUAAUAGCCAAAUUCAAAACGUUAUCAAAGAAUGUAACUUCAGCAAAACCUUUAUCAGAAACCAGCAUGAAUCAUGA